AUGAACUGGCUAGCGGUGUGGACCACGUUAUUUGCGAUGGUCUCUGGGUACCAGUCGGUGCUGUCUGAUAUCAUGGUGUUGGACGGCUGCACCGCUCUGAAGAGCGCCAUACUUCGCAUCACUGGAGCCGCGGUUCGAGUCGCGGACGGGGAUGAAGCCUCGCUCGACACCAGGGCCGGAGUUGUUUACAUCUACAUCUUGAAUCGAUUACAAGCUGCAAUCGACGAACUGGAUGGCGGCACGGAUGCAGAAAAGCUGGUCACAUCAAUGCUCGACUGUCCAAAUUUCUCCAAGAGUCGUGAAGACUUUGCUGCCGUCAAAGGGAGAUGGGAUCUCGACUUUUCUGACCUGGUCAAACAGGUCAAAGAGGAUGAAGAUAAAAAGAGAGCUGACGCUGAGGAAGGGCGGCCUUCCUUAACCGACAGCGUGAGGCCGGCCGACAUGACCAUGAAACCCAUGUGCAACACACUGUUGAUGCGCGGACACGAUCGACUUGGAGUGGGCCGGUUGGGUCGGGAGUUGAAUCGAUUGUUGUCUGGAGUACCGAUGGGUUCCUCUGCCAUGGCGAGUCAGGCGCACUGGGUGGCCGCAAUUGAGAACUUUGACGUGUUCGCACACGUGUGCUACCUGAAUCGUAUCGCGGAGCUGGAUCCGUAUUCCGUGUCCAGACCUGCUCAGCAGGUGUUCAGGCUCAUGAUGGCCACGAUAGAACGUUCCAAACUGGCUGAGGGGUUGCCGGAGUUAUUGAUGGUGGACCGAAACUCAUUCAAAAUUGAUAACCUGUACAAUAACUACGUUCCGGACUCCAUCCAGUACCUGAUUCGCAUGUGGAGGCGCACGACAGGCGAACUACUUGGUGUCAGCCAAUUCUGGCCACUGUGCGUCGGACAAACAGCCUACAUCGCGCAGCUCGUCAACGUCCACGGAGAUUCGCCCAUGGACGAGUUUGACACGGAGAUGCUCAGGCACUAUAUGAAGUGCGCGCAGGUAUAUAACCUGGCGCGAGCGGGAACGUUCUUCCCAAGCGAUCAGUUCCAGCCCAAGAUGAAGCUGAAGAAGAAGCUUCAACGAAUUACCGACGUGAAGGCGGCCUUGGUCGAAUUGGAGAAAAAUAUUGAGGAGAAAAGGCUGAAGGGCCUGCUAUCGACGGCGGCGGACACAGACGACAACAACGGUCUGGAGAGGUCGGAAGGGGAGAGCGGUCGGUCACACGAGAGCGGUCGGUCACACGAGAGCGGUCGGUCACAGGUCGCCGUGAUUCAGUCAUUUGCCGAAUUAGCGGGGGGUGUGUUUUAUCGCACGUUUUGGUCGACCGUGAUGUACCUGGCGUCAGAGAGCAGAAUGGUCAGCUCAGUCAAGGUUUCUUCCGAGGCGCAAAUGGGAGCGAUCGAUUACUUCGACUUGCUUUGGUUCUGCGAGGAGAUGCGUUACCGUAACCGGUUUCAUGUGGUGAGGGCCGAGUGCGCAGCCGUGCGAGAGGGAGCCAUGCGCCACGCCGGCUUCAACCAGAACGUGCCGAGUGAGUUCUGGCUGCAGUUCAGUAGCGCUCAGGGCCACCUUGCUGUUACGCCUCAGUCGGGUGAGUCGCGUUUCAAAGCCUUUCUGUUGGACAAGAAGGUUGUGGCUAAAAAGGCUGCGGGAGGUAAGAUGGUUACCGCGGCGGAAGUUAAGGAAGGGUACAUGCGUAAUUUCAUGGAUAUGCUCAGCGUGUCUUCGCAAGGCACUGAACUGAAGACCGUUCUGCACUUGGAGAGCAUUGCGCUCGUUUCUGCAGCCACUGGACAGUCGCACCGUUUCCACCCUCAGCUCAUGACUGAGUGGUCCGCGGAAGGCUACUAUAGCUCCCUCAAAGAAGGUAGCUGGAGUUUCAGAGCUAGUGAUCCACCCUCAGUUACUUGUACGGAUGUGAAGGGAAUUGACAUGGCGAUGAUGAUGAAUAUUGGGGGUGCGAAAUCGCCGUUGGCGAAUGACCAUUAUCGGAUUCUAUUGGAUUCGCGUUUGAUUCCAAGUCAGUACACAAAAAUCGAGACGACAUGGGGAACUACAUAUCAGAAUUUAUUGACGACAACACGAGAGAGCUAUAUGCAGGUAUCUGAUCUAACCGAUAAUUUCAGACUAAGAGAUCUGUUAUGGCGAUUUCCGAUGUAUUAUAAUGUGGAGGGUGAGUGUGGUACUCUUCUGCCAGAGAUAACUUAUGAUGAUCCCGCCUACCAGAUCUUGCCGACAUGUCGAGGUGAUGAGCUAUUUUAUUAUUGCACAAGUUAUAAUGAUGGUGGACGUCUUGUAAUAGAACUUAAAACGGAAGUUACCAUAAUGAUUCCACAUCAACUCACACAUGAUGAUGCAACCAUCGUCAUAUCAAUGCCUAAUGAGGCUGGUAAAAAAGACCGUAUUAAAAGAGGCUCAUCCAAUCGAUCUGUUACAUAUUAUACCGUACAAACAGUACCAGCUAAUUGGAGUCUUCAGGAUCUCAGUACCUUCAUAUUCAAAUCCGUCUUUGUCACAAUCGAUACUGAUAUACCCUUCUCACAAAUCGGCGGCAUAUACCUCGCCUCCAACGUACAAUGUGCCGUCUAA